AUGCCUGCCUUCUCACCACGGCCAAUUAAAAUCGCUAUCACAAAAUCCUGCUCUCUCCCUUCCAUCAUAACUCUCUUAAAAACAUCCAAACUUCGAACUCAUCUUCACCAAGUACACUCUCACCUUAUCAAAAAGGGCCUUCAACAAGACCACUCACUUAUCUCCCAUUUUAUUUCUCUUUGUCACUCACUUGGCACCUCUCUCUCAUACUCCACCUCCAUUUUUAAUCAGAUUAUCACUCCCAGUACCUUUCUUUGGAAUACCCUUUUAAAAGGGUAUUCCCAGAGGGGUUGUUUUAUCGACAUUUUGAAGUAUUUUAUUCGAAUGAUUAGGGAGGGUGGAGUACCUGAUAAAUAUACGUUUCCAUUGGUAAUUAAGGCUUGUUCGAGUGAACUUAUUUUAAGAGGAGGAACUGCGAUUCAUGGGGCUGUGAUUAGGUUAGGAUUAGAUGAUGAUGUUUUUGUGUGUACUAGUUUGAUUGAUCUGUAUGGUAAAUGUAAGGAGAUUGAGUGUGCCCGCAAGGUGUUCGAUGAAAUGACGAACAGAAACGUUGUUUCUUGGACGGCGAUGGUUGUCGGGUAUGUGAUUGUUGGUGAUUUAGCAGAAGGGAAGAAGAUGUUUGAUUUAAUGCCGGAGAGGAAUAUAGUGUCGUGGAAUGCGUUGAUUGGCGGGCUAGUUAAGAUAGGUGAUAUGAGCAGUUCUAGGAAACUGUUCGAUGAAAUGCCUGAAAGAAAUGUGAUUUCUUAUACAACGAUGAUUGAUGGUUAUGCAAAAUCAGGUGAUAUGGCGUCAGCUAGGUUGUUGUUUGAGGAAGCUCCGGAUAGGGAUAUUGUUGCGUGGUCGGCAUUGGUAACAGGGUAUGCACAGAAUGGUCAGCCUGAUGAGGCUGUGAAGAUUUUUUAUGAAAUGUAUUUGAAAGAUGUUAAGCCGGAUGAGUUUAUAAUGGUGAGCUUGAUGUCCGCAUGUUCUCAACUGGGUAGUUUGGAAUUAGCUAAGUGGGUUGAUUUUUAUUUGAGUAGGAGUGAGGUGGAUCUUAGUCGAGGUCAUGUUAUUGCCUCUCUUAUAGACAUGAAUGCAAAGUGUGGGAACAUGGAUAGAGCGGCAGAACUGUUUGAAGCUAUGUCUAAUAGAGACCUAAUUUCAUACUGUUCAAUGAUACAAGGAUUGUCGAUUCAUGGUCAUGGCGCACAGGCUGUCUUCCUCUUCAAUAAGAUGAUAAGUGAAGGGUUGAUUCCUGAUGAGGUGGCAUUCACAGUCAUUUUGACUGCUUGUAGCCAUGCUGGCCUUGUGGAGGAGGGUUCGCAUUACUUUGAAUCCAUGCAAAGUGUGUACUCUAUUGUUCCUUCUCCUGAUCAUUAUGCAUGUAUGGUUGAUCUUCUCAGCAGGACAGGACACUUAAAAGAAGCAUAUGAGCUUUUAAAUUCAAUGCCUGUGGAACCUCAUGAAGGUGCUUGGGGUGCACUACUUGGGGCCUGUAAGUUACAUUGUGACUUUGAGUUAGGAGAGUUAGUUGCCAAAAGGCUUUUUGAGCUUGAGCCACUAAAUGCUGGUAGUUUUGUGCUUUUAUCUGACAUCUAUGCAGCAGCAGACUGCUGGCUGGAUGUUUCUCUUGUGAGAAAGGAAAUGAAAGAGAGGGGAGUUAGAAAAAUACCUGGUUGCAGUCGGAUUUAG